CAGGGAAGAAGAGAUCGGCAAGAAAACCCAACUCUGUUCCCGCCUUCUCCGCUUCUCUUCUCCUCCGUCGUCUCCCACCGCCGGCAUUCUCCUCUCGCACUGCCCAACGAUGGCUCCCCCUCUCCCCUCGCCGUCGCUGAUCUCCACCACCUCGAUCCCAACGCUCCGCAUCGUCUCGCCGGCGCCGUCUUCCCGCUGGUGCCGACGCGCCGGGCAAUCGGCCGCCGCUUUGCUGGGGAGAGCCGCGCGCAGCGACCGGCGCCGGAGUACGCGGGGAAGGAGGUGCCUGAGGAUCUGUGCCUACACGGCCGAAGCUGAACACGAGAGGUCGGAGGAGGACGUGGCCGACGAUUUCUACUCUGUUCUUGGCGUCAUGCCAGAUGCAACCUCUGAGGAAAUCAAGAAGGCAUACUACAGCUGCAUGAAAACAUGCCACCCGGACCUCGGUGGAGGCCAUCCUGAUGUCACCAACUUCUCCAUCUUCAUCAACGAGGUUUACACGGUGCUGAGCGAUCCGGUGCAGCGUGCGGUGUAUGAUGAGAUCCAUGGGUACACGGCAACGGCGACCAACCCUUUCUUUGAUGACAGCGCGGUCAAGGAUCACGUGUUCGUCGAUGAGUUUACCUGCAUAGGAUGCAGAAUUUGCGCCAACGUGUGCCCCAGUGUCUUUGAAAUUGAGGACGAUUUUGGGAGGGCAAGAGUCUGCUCCCAGAGGGGUAGCCCGGAGCUCAUUCAGGAUGCCAUUGAUAGUUGCCCAGUUGACUGUAUUCACUGGACUUCUGCUGCACAACUUUCACUCCUUGAGAGUGAAACACGAAGAAUAGAAAGGGUCAAUGUUGGACUAAUGAAUGCUGGGAUGGGAGUUUCAGUCAACGUGUUUCGAAUGGCAAGUGCGAGUUGGGAAAAGCGACAAGCAAAAGUCUUGGAAAAAAUCAGAACACGGAUGAUGAACCAAAAUAAUUCAGACACGACUAGUCCUUGGAGUGAUAUCUGGGGAUCUCCAACGCGAUACCAGAACACUGAAGACGUAGAAGCAUCAGAGAGAGCGAACAGAGCAGAAGCAGCUGCUAGGCGAUGGAGAGAGUACUCAAGGAAAGGUGCCGACAGGCCUCCGAGAUACAAACUUCCAGAUGCAGUAGGCAACAAAGAGUAGCAGCAGAACAGAGGAAUUUUCUUCUUGAUUCCUGCUGAUAUCAUUUGACCACAUUUAGCUACCUGUGUACAGUCUAAUAGUGUGUAGAGAUAGAUAACCAAGAAGAUGUAGCUCCCUCUUUCUUCUGUCAAGAUUCUCAUUUUUCACCUGUAAAUGGUGAUGUAGCUGAUGUUAACGAACUGUGGAGUACACGGAGCCAAUUGUUAAACAUUCAGAGUGUAACAUGGCAACCUGAGACCCAUGCAUCUUCUCUUACA